AUGGAUCACCGUCCGCAAGCAUGGGGUCGACCGAGAGACGACGUUUACGGCGCCUACGACCACUCCUACAUGCAGGACAAUGGGCCCAAGCAGAACACUCAGCAGCCCAUCGUCACUGGUACUUCAGUAAUAGGCAUCAAGUUCAAGGAUGGCGUCGUCAUGGCGGCUGAUAACCUGGCGUCCUACGGCUCUCUCGCCCGCUUCACCGACGUCAAGCGUCUCCGUACCUUUGCCGACUCUUCCAUCGUCGGCUUCAGCGGCGACAUCUCCGACAUGCAGUACCUCGACCGCCACCUCAUCGACCUCUCCCUCUCCGAGGCCUACGAGUCCCCCGACAAGCCUCGCCUCAACGCCGCCAACCUCCACCGAUACCUCUCCAAGCUCCUCUACAACCGCCGCUCCAAGUUCGACCCGCUCUGGAACCACCUCCUCAUCGGCGGCCUCGACGACAACGGUGAGCCCUUCCUCGCCGCCGCCGACCUCCUCGGCAGCACCUACUCUGCCCCCUCCCUGGCCACGGGUUUCGGCGCCAUGCUGGCCCAGCCAAUCAUGAGACGCUACGUCCCCGACGAAGAGUCGGCCAAGAAACUCUCUCGCGAGGAGGCCAUCGACAUUGUCAAGGAGGCUAUGAAAGUGCUCUUCUACCGUGACGCUCGAAGUCUGGACUCUUACUCAUUAGCUGUUGUGACCAAGGACGGUGUCGAGCUCAAGCAGGACGAGAAGCUAGAGGAUCAAAGCUGGGCGUUUGCGGAUAGAAUCAAGGGCUAUGGCACUCAGACGGUCUAG